AUGUUCGACUCCUCGGAUCAUCUUGACCGAGUGGCUCACCCGGGGCGGUACCCACUGGUGCUAGCCCCAGUCAUCAAAAGUGUCAAGUUGAAGCGCAUGCUCAUCGACGGUGGAAGCGCUCUCAACAUCCUCUUCGCCAAGACGAUCGAUGACAUGAAGAUCCCGAGGUCAGAGCUACGCCAGAGUAAUGCACCCUUCCACGGGGUCAUUCCUGGGCUGUCGGCAACACCACUCGGGCAUAUCACUAUUCCGUUAACCUUCGGAGCAAAGGAUACCAACCGGAUGGAGAAUAUCUGCUUUGAAGUCGCUGACUUCAAGACGGCGUACCAUGCCAUCAUCGGUAGGCCCAUGCUGGCGAAGUUCAUGGCGGUCCCGCACUACACCUACCUCAUGGUCAAGAUGCCUGGAUCACAUGGCGUCAUUACCCUGCGCAGCAACAUCAAGCAGGCCUUCAACUGCGAGGCGUAG